UGACAUGAAUGGUAGUUCUAAAAAUUAAGUCCUGUGUCCCAAAGAUUAGUACAGGUUAUGGCUAGUCGGAGUAUUGGGGACAAUGUAUUUAAAGGAAUGUCACUUUGCCUAACAGAGUACAGCAAGCGGAACACCAUGGACGUAAUACCGAGUCUUCUGCUUAGUGUGGCACUGUGUUCUACCUUGACGGUGUGUUUGCCCCAGCCUCGGGGGGAGGGGCCGUCAGCCAGCGGACUCCCUUCAGAUUUCUUGUGGGGCGUGGCCACUGCCGCCUACCAGAUAGAGGGCGCUUGGAAGGAAGACGGUAAAGGCCCCAGUAUUUGGGAUGAGUACUCUCAUCAGCCCGGUAAUAUUGACGACGGUUCCAAUGGCGAUGUGGCUUGUGACAGCUACCACAAAUGGCAAGAAGAUAUGGAAAUACUAAAACUUAUGCGGGUCAAGCACUACCGCUUCUCCUUGUCUUGGCCAAGACUUCUGCCGGACGGGACCAAGGGUUCGUUGAACACCAAGGCCGUUGCUUACUACAUGAACAUCAUCAAAGCCCUGAAGGACAAUGGUAUUAUACCACUGAUAACACUCUACCACUGGGACCUGCCCAAAACACUACAGGACAAGUAUGGCGGCUGGCUCAACGAGUCCAUUAUUCCGCUGUUCAAGGACUACGCCGAAGUUUGCUUUAAAACCUUUGGCGACCAGGUCAAACACUGGCUGACAUUUAACGAGCCGUGGUGUGUAUCUGUGCUGGGUUAUGAGGUGGGACAAAUGGCGCCGGGUAUUAAACUGGCGGGAACCGGGGCCUACAGGGCCGCUCACACCAUUCUAAAAGCGCAUGCCGAGGUGUACCACAUGUACCAUGAGAAAUACAAUACAGACAAAUCAGAGUACAUCAAGCGGAACACCAUGGACGUAAUACCGAGUCUUCUGCUUAGUGUGGCACUGUGUUCUACCUUGACGGUGUGUUUGCCCCAGCCUCGGGGAGAGGGGCCGUCAGCCAGCGGACUCCCUUCAGAUUUCUUGUGGGGCGUGGCCACUGCCGCCUACCAGAUAGAGGGCGCUUGGAAGGAAGACGGUAAGGGCCCCAGUAUUUGGGAUGAGUACUCUCAUAAGCCCGGUAAUAUUGACGACGGUUCCAAUGGCGAUGUGGCUUGUGACAGCUACCACAAAUGGCAAGAAGAUAUGGAAAUACUGAAACUUAUGCGGGUCAAGCACUACCGCUUUUCCUUGUCUUGGCCAAGACUUCUGCCGGACGGGACCAAGGGUUCGUUGAACACUAAGGCCGUUGCUUACUACAUGAACAUCAUCAAAGCUCUGAAGGACAAUGGUAUUAUCCCACUGAUAACACUCUACCACUGGGACCUGCCCAAAACACUACAGGACAAGUAUGGCGGCUGGCUCAACGAGUCCAUUAUUCCGCUGUUCAAGGACUACGCCGAAGUUUGCUUUAAAACCUUUGGCGACCAGGUCAAACACUGGCUGACAUUUAACGAGCCGUGGUGUGUAUCUGUGCUGGGUUAUGAGGUGGGACAAAUGGCGCCGGGUAUUAAACUGGCGGGAACCGGGGCCUACAGGGCCGCUCACACCAUUCUAAAAGCGCAUGCCGAGGUGUAUCACAUGUACCAUGAGAAAUACAAUACAGACAAAUCAGGUAAAAUCUCGAUCACGUUAAACUCGGACUGGUCUGAGCCAAAGACGAAGACGGCUGAGGACGCCGAGGCCGCAGAGAGGAGCCAGCAGUUCUCCCUUGGCUGGUUCGCACACCCCGUCUACGCCAACGGUGAUUACCCGGAUGUCAUGAAAUGGACCGUGGGAAAUAGGAGUAAGGCAGAAAACCUUAACCAGUCCAGGUUACCCGAGUUCACUGACGACGAGAAAGCAAGGAUAAAAGGUACCUUUGACUUUUUCGGCCUAAAUACCUACAGUACCAACUUGAUCACGGGGGCCAAAACCACCGGCGCCGGCUACUUCCAAGACAUUGGAGUGGCCUCUUCUAAAGACCCGAAAUGGAAAACAUCUGGCUCGUCUUGGCUGACGGUGGUGCCGUGGGGCAUGCGGCGGAUUUUGAACUGGAUCAAGCAACAGUACUCCAACCCCCCCGUGAUCAUCACGGAGAACGGCAUCUCGGACAGGAACACCACCAUCCCUGGAAUAUACCGGGAUUACUGGAGGAUAGGUUACUACCGCGGAUACAUUAGUAACAUGAUUGACGCGGUAGUUAAGGAUAAAUGCAACGUGAUAGGAUACACUGCCUGGUCGGUGAUGGACAACUUCGAGUGGUCUCGGGGAUACUCGGAAAAGUUCGGCAUGUACCACGUGAAUUUCAGCGAUCCUCAGCGUCCGAGAACGCCCAAGGAGUCGUCCGUUUAUUACUCAAUGAUCAUCAAGGCCAACGGCAUCCCGAAAUAUACUCCACGAUCUUUUCAUGUGGUAGAUGAAAAUUAAUUUCAGUUUGAUAAAAACCACCUAGAAAUUGGCGUUUUUUUCACCCAUCUUUAAGGAACACAUUUUGCGGUUUUAAAUUUAAUAUGAAUCGUUAACAAACCAAGGUGUAAUCAGAAUAGGAUAUUUUACA